AUGAGCCGCGUUUGCAUCGUGCUGAGUCUUUUGAUGGCCAUGGCCUAUGGAAACCUACGGGGCAGUGAGCCGGAACCGUGUGUCGAUCAGGGCAGCUCCUGCAGUCCAACGUCGAAUCGUUGUUGCCAGGGGCCAGGGUUGAUGACCUGCCGCCUGCGCCCAAGCCGCGUGGCAGGGGACGAAGGCAUGGCCUACCAAUGUGGAGAGGAAUUCCCGGAACAGAAGCUGCCAGAUCCCAGCUGCACGCCAGAAGGUCAGGAGUGCACUUCCGACUUCAGCUGCUGCCAAGUGGACCGCAGCAGUUUGCAUAUGACCUGCCAGCUUGAGUACGGGCCGAAGAAGCGCCGGGUCUGCAAGGGCAAGAUGGAGAACCUGGGUGCAGAAACGGCUUGCGUUGCGGAGGGAAGCAGCUGCAACCCUUUGGAGAACAGCUGCUGCCAGGAUCAAGAUGGCGCAAAAGCUCUGCGAACCUGUCAGCUCAAGUUCCUCGAGCAACCUGGAGACCACAGCAUGGCAUACCUCUGCAUCGCAUUCGGUGCAGGGCUUGAGCACAAGAUCAAAGCCGCACGUUGGCAUCUUGUGUGGAGGGGAUGGUCGGGUGUCCCAAGAUCGUCUGAAGUGUAG